UUUGUUACUUUAGCAUUACGCAUCAUUUAAUUAAUAAAUAAUAGUCUAAAAAAUCUCAAUAUAUUAAAUAAUAUAUCAAAAAAGUAGUGAAGAAAGAAAUAUAAAAAUGCUUUCGUUUUUCUUAAAGAAAAAGCAAAGCCCAGAUACAGCCCCUGAAGAAGUUAUUCAAGGUCCCGCAACUGAACCAGCACCUAACAAUGGCGCAGAUGAUUUUAUUUUCGUUGAGAAGAAAGGCAAUGAUGGGCCAACACCUCCACAGCCCUCAGCACAUCAUAUGUAUCCACCAAUGCCGCCAGCUUUUGGUGUAGCACCUUAUCCCCCAAUGCCAUACCCACCACAUGGAGCGCAUUCGACUGCUACUAUAAAUACAAAUCAAUCAGCAGUUCCUUAUGUGCAGGAUGUACCAUUUGUUUUGGCACCGCAGCUUUGUUUAAAAAACACAUCCGAUCUUAUGCAGACCCAAGUAGAUGGCAUUUUGGCUGUGAUGACACGACAAAUGUCGGUGGACGAUAAAGAUGAUUAUAAUUUUGCUUUGGAAAGAUCAAUACAAAAUGAAUGCUAUUAGCAUUUGACGGAAUUAUUAUAUUUUUGCUAAGAUAAACUAAGAUUAGAGAUUCCUAUUAUAAGUAAAGCCAUGAUGCACCGCUUGUGUUAAUAUGUUAGAGAAUAUAAUAUGUAUAAUUAAAAUUAAGAAGUGUCUAUUCAAAAAUAAUAUAAAAUUUUGAAAUUGAUCUAAACAAAUUAUUUACACUCUUUUUGGUAUUGUAAAUAAUGUAUUUAAUUUUUUGUUAAAAGAGUUGAUCUCAGUUUUUAGAGCAAAUUGUUAAAUUCGUGAUAACAUUUGACAUAACACGCCCGCUUACAAAUAGUGUGUUAUAUAAGUACUUACCACGAUCGCUUAAUAGUAAUAUUUUUAAAUAAAAUUAAAACCAAUGACUAUUAGCAGAUAAAGUAAUAGUUUUCCCAUAAAGUACU